CUCAAGCCGAGAGACGUGCCUGCAGUCACAGGGUUUAUUUAACACGUAGUCAGAACCCUCCCAGCUCACACGUUGAGCCGGGCGUGGAGCUUCCCUAGACAGGCUACUAUACCGACCGACCGACCGAGUCCGGACCUCAGUGACAACACUGCGCAGUGCCCAACUCCAGCUCACAGCGGGAACACACACGCACUCGCACACACACACACACACGCACUGGAUAUCUGGAGACACUUUUUUUCUUUAUUUAUUUGCAUGAUUUUUUUUCUCAUUUCGUUUUCGCGUUUUGAACAGCGAGUGCAGAUAUACAUUUUUGGGACCUUUUAAGGAUUUUUGAAGUUAUUUCUUCGGGUUUUACAGUCAAGCAAUAUGGAGAGAAUUACCAGCGAACAACCACCUCCCUGUGCGCCAAGACACCCACCACUGGAUAUAGCUGACAUGCAAGGAAUCGAUUUUCCCCUGUAUGUGUACAAACCCAGGAGGGGCAUGAAGCGUGUGGAUGAGAGCAAGGAGACGUACAAGUUGCCACACCGACUGAUCGAAAAGAAAAGACGUGACAGAAUCAACGAAUGCAUUGCCCAGCUGAAGGAUUUGUUGCCAGAACAUCUUAAGCUUACAACGCUGGGUCAUUUGGAGAAAGCCGUGGUGCUGGAACUCACUCUCAAGCACGUGAAAACCCUGAAUGGUGUCCUGGAGCAGCAACAGCAGAAAAUUAUCGCGCUACAGAACGACCUGCAAAUAAGUGACCAUGGAGGCGACAGCGCAGAGGGCAGUGAGGAGAUGUUCCGCUCCGGCUUUCACUUGUGUGCGAAAGAGGUCCUCCACUAUCUGGCCAGCCAAGAAAGCAGCAAGGACUUGACCCCUUCCCAUGUCAUCAGCCACAUCCAAAAGGUAGCAGCUGAGGUCCUGCAUCAUCAAAGCAGCCAACGCCCAGCCGUGUCCGUCCCUCAGUCUUCGGAGAGACCGAAGAAACCCGCCGGAGAGCCUCAAAGGGCGCACGAGGGCUCGGCUAAGAACUGCGUUCCUGUCAUUCAAAGGACUUACCCGAAUGCGACGGGGGAGCAGAGCGGCAGCGACACGGACACUGACAGCGGCUACGGGGGAGAACCUGACAAGCGUGACCCCAAAGCCCAGUGGUCAGAGAGCCACGCGAAGGAGGGGGAGCGCAAGUAUGUCGCGUCUGAGAGGACGCCCGGCGUCAUCAAGCAGGAGGAUGACGAGCCUCGGGCCAAGAAAUUACGGUCGGAAUCCCCAGAAGACGACGUUCUCUCUGGUCACAUGGCUGGAAGCUCCGGCAGCUAUAUGAGUUUCUCCCCCAACCAGCCCCCGUUUUGUCUCCCCUUCUACCUCAUCCCCCCUGCAGCGGCGGCCUAUCUGCCCAUGCUGGAGAAAUGCUGGUACCCCGGGAGCAUGCCGGUUAUGUACCCGGGAAUGAGCGGCUCUACGGAGACACAUCCCUCGUCUCUGCUGAUGUCCCCAAGGACAGGGUCUCCAGCAUCCUACCAGAACCCCAUGGACUCCCCCGUUCUUCACAAAGCUUUAAAGCAGGUCCCCUCGUUAAACUUGGAAACUAAAGACUGAACAGAUGUUUGUUUUUUUUCUUUCUGUUGGAAUCUUGCCCUCUGAAUGUUCAUGGGGGUUGAAAAGAGGGUAAACAAACACAAAUGCACCGGUAUCCGUUCAAACCACUGUCGUUGUUUGGCCCAUCAGAACAUUGACCCCCCCCCCCCGCCCAACGCCCAUCGAAGACCCCAAAUGGUCACUGUCGUCUAUCAUCGGCUCCUCACACACUGAAACAGGACUUUCAGGGGCAACCGGGAGUGCCCACCUGCAAGCUCAUAGAUCACCUGUUGCAUGGCGCUGAAACACUGUGAAGAUCAGUUUAGAGACGACGAGUGCGCGAGAGAUUGCGAGAGUUCUUUUUUUUUUUUUUUUUUUAGUAAGGUUCGUCUACUCAGUGUUGAAUGUCGGAGGCAAACACAGAAUGUAAGGCACAGAUAAGCCCACCCCAAAAUGAUUUGGACCUACUUUUUGCACACACGCCACUCUGUGAUGAAUGUAAAGAUUGAACAAAAGUCCCUUGUAGAUGCUGCUUGAAUUAUUAUUACCUACUGUAGAUCUGUGAAUGGAGGAUCUACCUUUAGUGUUUGUGUUCCUGUAACUACAACAAACCAUUGAUUAGACUGGAAUGUUACCAAAAAAAGAAAGAAAAAGAAAAAAAUGUCACAAAAGACUUUGUUCCUUAGAUCCUUCAAUUAACUUGCAGCUAAAUGAACACAAUGUUCGCCGUGUUCAAAGAAUUCAGGGUGUUGUCACUGUACAAGGUGUGUCACUCAUGUCAGUUUAAAAGUGAUGUGGCCAUACCUGCUUUUAUGAUUUCAUUUGUGACUCAUGACUAUAUUUGCAUCUAGAUGGAGUUCCUGUGAAGUGAUGUCUCGUAAUUAUUUUUGUUUAUACUACUUCAUACAUCUAUUUUUGAUACGUGACCCAUUGAGUGUACCUGCAUCACUACCAGAGGAAGGUUGAGGUAGUCAUGUGCUGUAUGCCUAGAGGACGUGUACAGUAUAUAGCAUUGUGCUCAACCAGAUUUGCAUCUUGCCCACAAAUUCCCAGUCAAGUUAAGGCCUGAUCUUAGCUCAUGCUGUUGCCUUUACUCAUAUAACGCAGACACAACGAUGACAGCUGUUUAAAUGUAUUUUGCUUUAAAUGGUGUGUCUGUUGCAAAGGGAGCGAAUGUAAAGUUCAAACAAAAAUAAUAGUUUUGUAUUAAAAAAAAAGAAAGAGGUA